UCCUCUUCCAUCCCUUUUCGUUUUUCUCCUUUUCGUUUUCAUUAAUUUCCUUUCCCUUCUCAUAUAAUCCCUUUUCCUUUCUCAUUGCCUUCUUCUAAUUUGUUUUCCUUUUUCAUUCCUAUUUCCUUUCCUUUUUUUGAUAGUUCCUCUCUCGACCAUAACCUAUAUCUACCAGUCAACCACUAAUCCCUUUCUCGAUCAUAAUCUCUGCCAGUCAACCCCGGCCCUUUCUCGACCAUCCUAUCUUCCAAACCACCACUCUCUCUCUCGACCAUAUAUCCUCUACCAUUCAACCACUAAUCCCUUUCUCGACCAUACAACCUCUAUACUCGUCCGUUUCGACCACACCCACAAAGCAGGGACACACCUUAAGGCCCUUCCACAAUCCCCUUCUUCAUCUUCGUUGGGAGACUUCGAAGUCCUCGCGGCGGCCCUGAAGACCCUCGAUUCUUGCACCUUCUUCAGCGAGAGCCUUGUCGAACUCCCAGCAGUGAAAGAUGGGCCGUUCAAUUCGCGACAGCUCGCCCUCUCUUCAACCCUGCCUGGCUAAGGGCACCACCACCACAGGCAUGGCAGACGCAGAGGAGGCUCGUUGGGGCAAGAGGGAGGUGGAGAUCAAGGAGGAGGUGAAGGACAUGAAGCCAGAGAACGCUGAGGUGCUGCUGGACCUUCUGGAGGAGGUGAGGAGGCAGCGCGAGGAGGAGGAGGCGAACAGGACAUACACGUGGAUGAAGGACUGUGAUGUCAACUUGUGGGCGUUCAAGGACAAGCACCCCGGCAUGAUGAAAGGCCUGCAGGAGGAGCUGGACCCCGAAGUGUGGGAGGACGUGGCCGUAAAACUCGGACUCACCAACCAGCAAAUAGAGAAGUGCCGUAAGUCUGAGAUGUACUCCCGAGGGUAUGGGUCACACUCCUUCGCCCGGGAGAUGUUCAACACCCUCGCCGUGAGUCCUCGUCACCGCGACCUGACCCUCAAGACGGUGCUGGAGGCCCUUAAGGAACUCAAACGCCAUGAUAUUCUGCGCCGCCUGCAAGGGUUUGACUGUCUGAAAAUGAUGGAGAAGUUCAACGAUGCCAAGACCUUCACGCAGACCAUACAGGGGCCGAGGGAGGUGCUGGUGGCCUCGGCGAACACAGGCACCACCACUGAGGCCAUACGCGAGGUGAACGGUGUAGUGCCAAAACCUCCGCAGCAGCCACAGUCCUUUGUCGCCAAGGUGCUCGUCAUCCACGCCAGCGAUGCCAAAGAAGAGGCUCUGAAGUUCGUGGCCUACCUGAAGAGCCCAGCGAGUGACCGCAGCGUGCGUGUUGUGCUUCUCCAGGAGUCGCAGAACACCAACGUCCAGGCCUGGCUGGAGAUUGACCCUUACAACAGCAUCCAUAAGUGGUUCCUGUCGGUGGAUGUGGUGGUGCCCGUCCUGUCUCCCCAACUCCUGCGGCAGAUCCAGAACCUUGACACGGGCGACACGGCUGCAAGGGACGCAAGACGAGACUUGGAGAAAAACUGCAAUCGCUACGUCUACCGCAUGAUGCUGGACCAGUUCGUCGAAAUCGGGUGCAAAAACUUCUCCUGCCGUGCUGUGUGUCCUGGCCGGUACUUGAGUGAGGUCAACACUAACCCGCUCGUCCAAAGCAGUCCCCUCUUUCGCAUGAACUGGAACUUGUCGUCGCAGAGUCAGCUGGAGGAGUGUGCCAGUGCUGUCUUCAUGACGGCCAAGGCGGUGAGGAAGAUGAGGAGGCGCCGGAGGUAACAGCCGCAGUGAGUGGAGCAUGAGGGCAUCUUCUCCCAGGCUCAUAAAAGAACGUAACACUUAGCCAAACGGUCAUGGAUAUUGCCCUUUCUGAAUCGCUCUCUCUUCCAGUAUGAUGUUAUUCCAACACUACCAAUACGAUUAACUCAUUUCUCCAUCAGUAAAUUUCCCAAGACUCAUAAAAGAACAUCACACUUAGCCAAACGGUCAUGGAUAUUGCCCUGUCUGAAUCGCUCUCUCUUCCAGCAUGAUGCUAUUCCAACACUGAGGUGGAUAGUGGAGUGUUUCCCAUGUGGUAUUGGUGUGCUGGAUAUCCCCUCCCAUUUCUUCAAUGAAUUGUAGCAGCCACUUUUUGUUCCACUCCUGUAGCUGGUGAUGGCUUCUUCUAGGAAAUCCACAGUCAAGGGGUUAAGAAUAGGGACCUUAGUGUUGUGUCUGCUGUUGGUUGAAAGUCUCCCUCACAAAUAAUCUCAGGUGCCUUGCAGAACUACUAUAGAAAUGUCAUUGUUUGGAAGUCUCUCACAGCUGUCUCUUCACAUGCAUUCCAAAACUAUUAUAGAAAUGUCAUUGUUUGGAAGUCUCUCAUAACAAUCUCUUCACAUGCAUUCCAAAACUAUUAUAGAAAUGUCAUUGUUUGGAAGUCUCUCACAGCAGUCUCUUCACAUGCAUUCCAAAACUACUAUAGAAAUGUCAUUGUUUGGAAGUCUCUCACAGCAGUCUCUUCACAUGCCUUCCAAAACUACUAUAGAAAUGUCAUUGUUUGGAAGUCUCUCACAGCAGUCUCUUCACAUGCAUUCCAAAACUACUAUAGAAAUGUCAUUGUUUGGAAGUCUCUCACAUAACAAUCUCUUCACAUGCAAUCCAAAACCGUUACAGAAGCAGGAUUCACACAAUAAUUAUAUCUGUAGUGAAUAAUUAUGGCUUGGUGCAAUAAUUUCUACUCUAAUAAAAAUGUAAAUAAUGAUGUGAUAACUUUUGAAUGAGGUAUAUAUAUAUAGUUUGUGUGUUAUGAAGAUGAUAUAUUAUUUUAUACUAUCAUACUGUUUUCAAUGAUUUAUUUUUAUUUUUUAUUUUUUUUUACUACAAAGGAGACAGCUCAAGGGCACACAAAAAAGGAAACAAUAUUAAAGAAAAAGCCCGCUACUCGCUGCUCCUAAAAAAUAAUCUAAAGAGGCGGCCGAAGUUUGUAUUUGAUGAAGAUUAUACUCAUACCAUUAUACUAAUCUGAAUAUGUAGUAUGUAUUUUAUGAAGAUUAUAUAAAUAUACCAAAUACUA